AUGGCGGCCUCGCAAGGGGUGUUGCAUGACCUCUCCCGCACCAGCCGGCCCCUCGUCAACUUUGGCCAUUCAUUGCCUCCUUCAGCCAUGCCGGAAAAGUCCACCGGCUUGCGGCAUCCUGGAGGUCUGCUAGACCGGUCUCUCGCAGCAGUCAUCAACAUGGUCCAAAUGGAGCUGCCGUCGGCUGGAGCUGUACCCAUCGAGUUGGCCACCGACAGACUAUCAGAGGCCACCGAGAUGGCCCACCAACCACAAAAUAUACUGGUCUUCGGCGCCACCGGCUUGAUCGGCGGAUACAUCACGAACGCCCUGCUCGCCGCAAAGCACAACUUCGGCAGCAUUGGCAUCUUCACUUCACAGGGCUCAGCGGAGCGGAAGAAGGAUUUGUUUGAUGCGUACCGAGCAAAGGGCGCAAGCGUCAUUAUUCGGUGA